CAUAGCAUCGUUUUUCACUUCCAUGUUGGGGGGACGGAAAAUAAUGAAAGCAGAAUGUCUCCUCUGCCAUCCAAGUUACCUGAUUUCACUGGUACCUCGAAAAAGGAUAUUGAGCUCAGGCUGGCCACAUACGUGGGGUUUUCGUUACAUCAGGUAUUCUUAAAGUGGAAGCCAUUGUCUUACUUCAUUUAUUAACUGGUUUUAGGCCUUUUAGAGAUGUGGCCCGUUUCUCAUGUACUAGUAGCGUUUUUAAUGACGGCCACGUGCUUAACACCAGAUAUUUACACCAUCCUGAGUGGGUUGUAUAACCUUUCACAGAUAUUUUCUCCUUCAGUGUUUAUGAUAUCCCCCGACGGUAGGCAGGGUAUAUGUGCUGUUGUUCCCAAUCCACAGUUGAGACUUGGAUCGGGCACCUAGAGACAGUCCUUCUGAUGCCUAAUCUAGGACUCUUUCCUCUAUUUUAUAUUGUCCUUCUUGCUGUUCAGAUCUUCCUAAUGUAUAUUUAGCACAGUCAGGAGCCUUCCAGAUCUCUUUGACCACGCCGAUAAUUCCCCUUGGUAGCACUGAUUCCUUAACUAAGGUUAAGACUGGCCUCCCUGAGAAGUGAGCCAAGCAAAGCCAGGUUUGGUCAGGCAGAUAAUGAUACGGCGUGGGUUAGUAUUGGUAGUCAUACCUGGCGGUCAUCGACCACAACUGCGUGCACACCGAGCAAGAAGUCUCCAAGCAGAAAGCGGGGAACGGGCCCUUCAUCAGAUGCUGGCUGGGGAUGUAUGCUACGCUGCGGCCAAAUGAUGCUGGCUCAGGCGCUGAUCUGCAGACACUUGGGAAGGGACUGGAACUGGGAGAAACAAAAAGAACAACCCAAAGAAUACCAACGGAUCCUCCAGUGCUUCUUAGAUAGAAAGGACUGUUGCUACUCUAUCCAUCAAAUGGCACAAAUGGGUGUAGGAGAAGGGAAAUCAAUUGGCGAAUGGUUUGGACCAAAUACAGUUGCACAGGUGUUAAAAAAACUUGCUUUAUUUGAUGAAUGGAAUUCCUUGGCUGUUUAUGUUUCAAUGGAUAACACAGUGGUCAUUGAAGAUAUCAAAAAAAUGUGCUGUGUCCUUCCUUUGAGGGCGGACACAGUGGGUGAGAGCCCCGCCGACACUCUGAAUGCUUCGAACCAGAGUAAGGGCACCCCUGCGGGCCGCCCAACCUGGAAACCCCUGCUGCUCAUUGUGCCCCUUCGCCUGGGCAUAAACCAAAUCAACCCUGUCUAUGUUGAUGCGUUCAAAGAGUGUUUUAAGAUGCCACAGUCUUUAGGGGCAUUAGGAGGAAAACCAAAUAACGCCUAUUAUUUCAUAGGAUUCUUAGGCAAUGAGCUCAUUUUCUUGGACCCUCACACAACCCAGACUUUUGUUGACACCGAAGAGAAUGGAACAGUUGACGACCAGACUUUCCACUGCCUGCAGUCCCCGCAGCGAAUGAACAUCUUGAACUUGGAUCCUUCCGUAGCGCUGGGAUUUUUCUGCAAAGAAGAAAAGGACUUUGAUAGCUGGUGUAGCCUCGUGCAGAAGGAAAUCCUAAGGGAAAACUUAAGGAUGUUUGAAUUAGUUCAGAAACAUCCAUCGCACUGGCCUCCCUUCGUUCCUCCAGCCAAGCCAGAAGUGACAACCACCGGGGCAGAAUUCAUUGACUCCACUGAACAACUAGAGGAGUUUGACCUGGAGGAGGAUUUCGAGAUCCUGAGCGUCUAGGGUAGUGGAAACGCGAUUUGGAGGUCUGUCUUCGAUCCGGCACCGGAAGAACACGAACCCGUUACAUGAGACUUUUCUAGUCCACAAGUGCCUGAUAUGCCAACAGCAUACAAACUUGAUAGCAAUCAUGACUGAGCCAAUUACCAUUUCUCAGAAAACGAACGAUAACAACCCUGCCCCAGAACGAACUAGAACAAUCAUGGAACAUAGGAGCAGAAAGAUUAGGAGCCGUCCCUUGCUUCCCAGCUUGUCUUACCUGGCCACAGCGAGUCUUCAGCUACUGAAACAAGGAGAUGGAUGUCUAACAGAGAGACAACAACUCCCACCUUGCUUCAAGCACCAGCAGAGGAGAGAUGGUUACCCUGUGCUUCUUCCCCCUUUCAGGAGUGACCUCUUUUGGGCUAAAUACUAAGAAGCAAUCUGUUCUCUUGCUCUAAUAAUAAAGUGAUUGCAUCAGGGA